GAGGGACCGCCAUUUUCGGAGAGGAGAGGGGUGGGGCUAAGGCCGGUCAGUCAGAUUUGGGAAGCCGGGGAGAAUUUCUCUCCCGGCCGUGAGAAAACGGAGGUGUAGUGGGGCAACGGCGGUGCCGGGGUGGCCUCCGCCCCGUGAUUGACAACCCGGUCUUUCCACCCGGGCGGUGAAGUCAGAGCAGGGAAUGUAUGACAACAUGUCCACAAUGGUGUAUCUAAAAGAAGACAAAUUGGAAAAGCUCACUCAGGAUGAGAUUAUUUCUAAGACUAAACAAGUGAUUCAAGGCCUGGAAGCCUUGAAGAAUGAGCACAACUCCAUCUUACAGAGUUUACUUGAGACACUAAAAUGUUUGAAGAAAGAUGAUGAGACCAAUCUGGUGGAAGAAAAAUCAAAUAUGAUUCGGAAGUCUUUGGAAAUGCUAGAAUUGGGACUAAGUGAAGCUCAGGUGAUGAUGGCUUUGUCAAAUCAUCUAAAUGCUGUAGAAUCAGAGAAGCAGAAAUUACGUGCCCAAGUUCGUAGGCUAUGUCAAGAAAACCAGUGGCUAAGAGAUGAACUUGCUAAUACCCAGCAGAAAUUACAAAAAAGUGAACAGUCUGUGGCUCAGCUGGAAGAAGAAAAGAAACACCUUGAAUUCAUGAAUCAGUUAAAAAAAUAUGAUGAUGAUAUAUCACCUUCAUGUAUGUUAAUGAUUUCUUCCCAAUGUAGAGACCAGAAUAAAUACAAAGAUGCAGCAAAUUUACUGAAUGAUGCCCUGGCCAUUCGUGAAAAGACCCUAGGAAAAGAUCAUCCUGCGGUUGCAGCAACUUUAAAUAAUCUUGCUGUACUUUAUGGGAAAAGAGGAAAAUACAAGGAAGCUGAACCUUUGUGUAAGAGAGCUUUGGAAAUCAGAGAAAAGGUGCUGGGAAAAGACCAUCCAGAUGUUGCCAAACAGUUAAAUAAUCUGGCAUUACUAUGUCAGAACCAGGGCAAAUAUGAAGAAGUAGAAUACUACUAUCAGCGGGCACUUGAGAUCUACCAAACAAAACUGGGGCCAGAUGAUCCAAAUGUAGCAAAAACAAAGAAUAAUUUGGCAUCCUGCUAUUUGAAACAAGGGAAAUUUAAGCAAGCAGAAACUUUGUACAAAGAGAUUCUUACUCGUGCCCAUGAAAGAGAAUUUGGCUCCGUGGAUGAUGAAAACAAACCGAUUUGGAUGCACGCUGAGGAGAGAGAAGAAUGCAAGGGAAAACAAAAAGAUGGCAUGACAUUUGGUGAAUAUGGAGGCUGGUACAAAGCUUGCAAAGUUGACAGUCCAACAGUUACAACUACUUUAAAGAAUCUUGGAGCACUUUACAGACGCCAAGGAAAGUUUGAAGCUGCUGAAACACUAGAAGAGGCAGCAAUGAGGUCCCGUAAACAGG